AUGUUCGCUGUUGCUGUAAUUCCAAAAUUCCGGAAUUUAUGGAUUUUUGCCUUGACGCUCAGCUGUUUGAUAAUAAAUGCCGCUGCCCAAGAACGAAAUCAAACCCAAGUCUAUGUCACCGAAUCCUGCCUGGAGAAACCCUUUCGAUGUCCCCACCCGAAAAUCCAAUUCUAUUUGUAUACACGAAGAACCCAAGAAGAGCCGGAGUUUAUAGAUGUACUCGAUGACAAUGCCCUCUACUAUACACACUUUAAUCCACGACAUCCAACGAAGAUAGUCAUACAUGGUUUUGGAGGUGGUCGCAACCUUAGCCCCAGUCCGGAUAUACGAAAAGCCUAUUUUACAAUUGGUGAAUAUAAUAUCAUAAUUGUAGAUUAUGGUUCGGCAGUGAAGGAGCCCUGUCUUAGUCAAAUGGAAUGGGCACCACGUUUCGGUGGCCUAUGCAUAUCACAGCUUGUGAAAUAUUUGGCUAGACAUCCGAGAGGUGUACGACCGGAUGAUAUACAUUUUAUUGGAUAUAGUGUUGGUGCUCAUAUUGCCGGAUUGGUUGCGAAUUAUCUACGACCAGAGGAGGGGAAAAUUGGUCGCAUCACAGCCUUGGAUCCAACGAUUUUCUUCUACGCAGGAACAAAUAAUUCGAAAGAUUUAGAUCCCAGUGAUGCCCAUUUUGUGGAUGUCCUUCAUACGGGUGCUGGCAUUUUGGGGCAAUGGCAUACAAGUGGUCAUGCGGAUUUCUAUGUUAAUGGUGGCACUCGACAACCAGCCUGUGUGGGAUCGCCAACGAUUUUUCAAACAUUGGCCUGUGACCACACCAAGGUUACUCCCUACUUCAUAGAAUCCAUUACAACAAAGAAAGGUUUCUAUGCCGGACCCUGUCCCAAUCUAUUUACCUAUCUGAUAGGUUGGUGUGAACCCAAGGAUUCGGAAUAUGUGCUAAUGGGUGAACAUGUUUCGCAUAAAGCUCGCGGUACAUAUUAUGUAACAACAAAUGCCAAGCCACCAUUUGCCCGUGGCUUCCCCGGCAAGGGAAGAUCAGCAACUACGGGUGAAUAUUUGGGAGUACGAAGACGACGCCAUAUCCCUAAAUUUUAGA